UCCUGGAUUCCUUGGCAGCCAAAAAAUUAGGAAGCUACCAGGCAGUCAGUCGGAGUGAAUUCGUGUCGACUGUCCAGAGUCCGCGAAUUCAAGUCCGUCAAAAAAAAAAAAAAAAAAGGCGAGUUAGCAACGAAUGAUCUGUGGAUAUUUCAUAAUAACAACAAACCAGAUUUGCAAAAUAUUUGAAGAAAAUGUCACUCCACCAGUUUCUCUUGGAACCCAUUACGUGCCAUGCAUGGAACCGGGACAGGACUCAAAUUGCUAUCAGUCCAAACAAUCAUGAAGUCCAUAUAUAUAAGAAAAGUGGAAAUCAAUGGGUGAAAGCCCAUGAAUUAAAAGAGCACAAUGGACACAUUACAGGCAUUGACUGGGCUCCCAAAAGUGAUCGAAUUGUAACCUGUGGAGCAGACCGUAAUGCCUAUGUCUGGAGCCAGAAGGACGGCAUGUGGAAGCCCACUCUCGUCAUCCUCAGGAUCAACCGUGCUGCCACAUUUGUGAAGUGGUCUCCACUGGAGAACAAGUUUGCAGUGGGAAGUGGAGCUCGCCUGAUAUCUGUUUGCUAUUUUGAAUCUGAAAAUGACUGGUGGGUAAGCAAACACAUCAAGAAGCCUAUCCGCUCCACUGUUCUCAGUCUUGACUGGCAUCCAAACAAUGUGCUUCUGGCAGCUGGGUCAUGUGAUUUCAAGUGCAGGGUAUUUUCUGCAUACAUCAAGGAAGUUGAUGAGAAGCCAGCUCCGACUCCAUGGGGGUCCAAAAUGCCAUUCGGCCAAGUGAUGGCAGAGUUUGGUGGGGCAGGCAGCGGAGGGUGGGUCCACAGCGUCUGUUUCUCUGCCGGGGGGAACAGACUGGCCUGGGUCAGUCAUGACAGCACUGUGACCAUUGUGGACCCCACCAAAAGCUCAACACCCAGCCAACUUAAGACGGAGUUCCUUGCCCUUCUCAGUGUGACCUUUGUUUCUGAGAAUAAUAUUGUGGCAGCGGGUCAUGAUUGCUGCCCAAUGCUGUUCAGCUUUAUUGAUGGUGGAAGCUUGACUUUCAUAUCCAAGUUGGACAUUCCAAAGCAGAGCAUCCAGCGCAACAUCUCUGCCAUGGAGCGCUUCCGCAACAUGGAUAAGAGAGCCACCACUGAGGACCGCAAUAGUACUUUGGAGACCCUGCACCAGAACAGCAUCACCCAAGUGUCUAUAUAUGAAGGAGACAAAAGAGAUUGUCGCAAAUUCUGCACUACAGGUAUUGAUGGCGCUAUGACCAUAUGGGACUUUAAGACUUUAGAGUCCUCUAUCCAAGGCCUGCGGAUCAUGUAAAAGAACUCACUCUGACACAGAUCAAGCAAUGAGGCUUGAAGACUAACAAGAUGAUUUCUGGUUACACUUGUGAAAGUUUUUAACUGAAAAUAAGCACUGAACAGUGGUGUGAGCUGACAUGUGACACUCUUAUAAAUGAGGGAAAAAAUGAAUGGAAAAAGGGGGUUAGUCUUUCUCUUUUUUUUUUUUUUUUAAUUCUAUGCCAAAGCUGGUUCUCCAGCAAUGUGACAUUUGAUCUUGGAGCUCUGGUACUCUAGAGAAACCAGAGAGGAGUUAAAUGAUAAUUAUGUAAAUGGUCUGCUAGAAAUAAAUGAAGUAUACUACACAACA